UAUGAAAGGCUUCUCUUAGAUCUAUCAAGGUACACCACCAUUGGCUCAUGAUAGAUUCCUAACCGAAAGUUAUAAAAGAGAAAAGUUUGUCCCAGAACUUUUGUCCGGCACUGUACUAUCAAGAAUGUUAUCAGCAGUUCAGCUAUGACAGAUCUUGUGCAAUCUUACUUACGAUAAUGGAAAUACACGGUUGUAUUUCUGAGUUUCAUGAAGUCUAAAGUCUAUUACUCAUUUCUUAACACUCUUAAAUAAUUUGCGGAUUUGUAGAAGCUAGCAUUGAUAAAAUAAUCGUUCCUAUGUUCUUCUAGUUUAUGAUUUGCACACAUUAUUUAGUUUACGAUUUGAAUGAAAUCAAAUAGGUACUAUGGAUUCUCCAGCUUUUAGUAGUUUUUGUGAUGCUCGUAGUAUUAAUAAAAGUUUAAUUGAACUCGAUUUACGUAAUAAUGAUAUCAGUCAUGUCGGUGGUUCUGAAUUAGCAACAGCAUUAAAAAGAAAUGUGACAUUACGUGUAUUAGUUGGUAGUCGAGCUUUAUUAGCUGCACGUCAAUCGAGUUCAAUUCGUAAUGAAUUACAUUUAACUGAUAAUGUUUUAGCGAAGAAUACUGAAAAAUGUCAAAUACCUUUUGGACAUUCACAAAAUAUGGCUAUACUUGCAAGACAAGUACAAAAUAUAUAUACAAAAAAAAAAGAUCGACAAAUAACAAGUGCACUUAAACGUGUAUCACUACAAGAGCAAGCAAUUCUUAAAGCAAAUAAAUAA